GCAGUACCUGCUGUUCGUGGAAAUAGGUGUCCGAAGUCGACAGUGAAGAUGUUUUGCAGCGCCAGCUCUGUUCAAGGGAAGUCAGGCCAAAAGGGUUAAAGUGUGCCAAAAACAAGACCUAUCAUACAAGAUGGUGGAAAUAUGACUUUAAUUAUAAUGUAGACAGAACUCAAGCAAUUGGAAGUUAUCGAGGACUGUUAAUCACAAAAAUGGCGGAAGACCAUGUUGUUGAUGCAGCGGAGAUUGCUGCAAUCAUGACCGCUCUAACUAUUGGAACAACAAUGACUAAGUUACCAUCAAGAGCUAAAGGAAGACCAGAGCAGAGAACUUUUCAGCUGAAUCUGAAAGAAUUUAAGAUUUCUUGGUUCCGUGGAGCUGGAAGCAAGGAGGAAGAAUCGAUAUAUAUCGAAGAAAUCAAAGAAAUAAGGAGAGGAUGCUCCUCAAAAGAUUUCCAGAGGCAAGCUGAUCUCCUGAGAAGAAUUGAUCCAAAUUGUUGCUUUGUUGUGGUCUAUGGAAGUAGUUUCAAAUUGAAGACCUUAUCAUGCCUAGCACAAAAUGGAAAUGAGAAGGAAUGCUGGGUUAAAGGUCUUAUCCUAUUGAAAUGGAAGAAUGAGUAUGAAAGGCCUUCAAUUUUAAUUGCAAGAUGGCUUCAUAGAGAAUGGAACAGCAUUCCAAGAUCAGAUAUGGAAAAGAUGAGCUUAAGAGAGUAUAAAGCAUUUUUACAAAGAGCAAAUAUAAGACUGCCUAACAACAAAGUCAAGAAGCAUUAUCAGGAUUCUAUUGAAGACAAAAAGGGAAAUAUGGAUGCAACUGGAUUUUACAAAGCAUAUAGAUCACUGAUGUUCUCCACAAGUAUUGGGGAUCGUUUUCAAGACUACUUUAUCCGCAGCGAUGAGGGGUCUUAUAUGACUGCAGCACAGUUCCAAAGAUUUUUGAUUGAGGAGCAAAAAGAUCAAAAGGCUCAAUACUUAACCUACGUACAUGAUCUGAUGAAGAGCGUUUUACCUGAAGAAACUACUCAUGAUACAUCUGUCCUGUACUUUACUACAUUACAGUUCUUGGACUAUUUGUUCAGCUCAUACAAUGAAAUAUUCAACGAGGAACACAAUAAAGUUUAUCAAGACAUGACAAAACCUCUUAACUACUACUGGAUUGCAUCGUCACACAACACAUACCUCACUGGUGGCCAACUGCAGUCAGAGUCGUCAAUUGAGGCCUACAUUCGAUGUCUGAGGAUGGGGUGCAGAUGUAUUGAAUUGGACUGCUGGGAUGGCAAUGGUAAGCCAAUCGUUUACCAUGGAAUGACCUUAACUACAAAAAUAAAGCUUAUCGAUGUCGUAAAGGCAGUUGCUAAAAAUGCAUUCAUAAAAACAGACUACCCUCUGAUAAUCUCACUUGAAAACCACUGCUCGUUACCACAGCAACAAAUGAUCGCCAGUUAUUUUAAAGAGCACUUUGGAAAUAACUUCCUGACGGCAUCUGUUGAUCCGAGUGCUACACUCUUGCCAUCCCCAGAUCAGUUGAAGAAGAAAGUCAUUUUGAAAUUCAAAAAAUUGGUUCCUGGAGGUGGCAACAGCAAGCUCAGUGUUUCUGGAGAAAUAGCACCCGAAGACAAUAUAACAAGGCUAAAAUGCGGACCUUUAUACCUGGAAGAUGAUGCUGAUCAUAAAUGGUACCGCCAUCUUUUUGUUCUGACCCCAAAUAAGCUUUACUAUACGGAGGAGCAAGAGAAACCUCGUGAUGAUGAUGAUGAAGAAGAAGAAGGAGGCGAGGACAGACAAAAUCGGGUCGAUGUAGCGCAAGAAGAUUUGCAUUUUGAUGAGAAAUGGUUUCAUGGAAAAAUCGUGCGACGCACUGCUGAACAGCUUUUGAUGGAUUACCAACGAGGGGACGGAUCGUUUCUGGUUAGAGAAAGUAAUAUGUUCGUCGGAGAUUACUCACUUUCCUUCGUGUACCAAAAUAGAGUUCAACAUUGUCACAUAAAAUCAAGGCAAGAGAGUGGCUUAUCUAAAUACUUUCUUGUUGAACAGCUUACAUUUGACAGUCUUUACAGUUUGAUAACACAUUACCAAAUGCAUCCUCUCAAAAGCGAAAAGUUUGAAUUGGUUCUUGGUGAACCAAUACCACAGCCAAACGCUCAUUUAGAAAAAGAUUGGUAUCAUGAAAAUCUCACAAGACAGCAGGCAGAAGACAUGCUGAAGAGGCUACAAAAAGAUGGCUACUUUCUGGUUCGGAAGAGAGACGACGACAAAGAGUCCUAUGCCAUUUCUUUCAGAACUGGCGGGAAAGUAAAGCACUGCUUCAUAAAACGGGAAGGUCGGUUAUUUACAAUCGGAACAGCCCAGUUCGAAAGCCUUGUUGAACUGGUGGGAUACUACGAGAAAUACCCGUUGUUCAGAAAAACCAAGCUGAGAUAUCCAUGUAAUCAAGAGGUUGUGGAGAAGAAAGGACAAGCCCCCGCAGAAGCAGAUGACGACUCAUACAGAGAGUGCUACACCCGACCAAAUGUUUUUCAGACAAACCCCGUGUGCAGAGCAUUGUGGGAUUAUCACGCGCAAAAAGAUGACGAAAUGACCUUCUGCAAAGGCGCUUUCAUAACAAACGUAGUUAAAUAUGAUGGCGAAUGGUGGCGCGGUGACUAUGGAGGGCAAACAGACAAGUGGUUUCCUGCAACCUUUUGCGAGGAGAUCAACAUAGCCAAUGGAGUGCAGCAAGCCCCGGAAACAGCCCAAGCUGCUUUCGAUGCAGACGACAAACGAAACGAAUCUCCUCUUGGUGAAAUGCCGCAAGGGGCUCUUGAUCUCAAUGGCUGUGUCGUUGAGAAAAUCCCAUCUCGCAUUGGAAAUCCAAUGUUUUCCAUCAAAUCAUACCCUGGACUAAUCGAAUGUGCAGCCGAGACCGAAGAGGAAAUUGACGAAUGGAUUAAAAGUAUCCGUGAGGCUUCAACUCAAGCUGAAGAAUCACUGCUGAAGAUUCGAGAACUCGUUGAGCAGAAAAACAUUGCGAAGGAACUAUCUGACCUGGUGAUCUACUGUGUCUCUGUCCCAUUCAAUCAGUAUGAGAAGGGUCAAUAUUAUGAGAUGUCAUCGAUUCCAGAACAGAAAAUAGAAAGAUUCAUUACUCGUCGCAACCAGGACCUCCGUCUGCUCAAAUACCACAGUCGACAGAUGAGCAGAGUCUACCCCAAAGGAACAAGAGUCGAUUCAUCAAAUUAUGAUCCGCAGCCAAUGUGGAGCUUUGGGGUGCAAAUAGCCGCCUUGAAUUACCAAACACCAGAUCGACCUAUGCAAAUAAACAAUGGAAUGUUUAUGGAGAAUGGAGGAUGUGGCUAUGUCCUAAUGCCUGAUUUCAUGAGAGUCGAAGGGUAUGAUCCGCACAACAAGGACACCUUGGUUGGAGUUGAACCGUGGAAUCUGCGCUUGUCCAUAUUAGCAGGACGACAUCUUCAAAAGUCAGGCCGCAGCAUCACUUCGCCAUUCGUUGAAGUUGAAGUCAUUGGCAAUUCGUACGACAAUUCAAACAAAUUCAGAACAGUAAUGAAAAGAGAUAAUGGUUUAAACCCAGUAUGGAAUCAGACAUUCGAUUUUGACGUCAUCUGUCCUCCCGUCGCAAAGAUUCGUUUCCUCGUGCAAGAUGAGGAUAUGUUUGGCGAUUCCAAUUUUGUCGGGCAGUCAGUAUUUCCGCUAACAAGCUUGAAAGCAGGUUACCGCUCUAUUGGCCUCAAAAACGCCUACGGAGAAGAAAUUUUCCUGUCCGCCCUCCUCAUUCAUUUGGAAAUAAGAAAUGCAAAGGACGAUAAGGAGUACGCCUCAAUUCAGCAAAUUCGCGAUCAGAUGCAGAAUCUAAUGGAGAGGCAAGGCCUGAGUGAAAACACUGAGCAGGAGACUACUUUCCAAGAACAGAUAGCGCGCUACCAAUCACAGCUUUCACAGCUAACUCAUGAAAGAGAGGCUAGGCACCAGGCAAGAGACUUCGUUCAACAUCCUUACUAUGGCCAAAGUUGAGGUUUUGUUAGUCGCUUUUUUACCAAGACCGAGACUAGCUACCCACUGCUCCGUUUAUAGGUGCAUUUUUUGCUUCAGAAUAAAGCAGAAAGGUUCUGAGAGCUGCCUUCGUCUUAGAUAUACCCACUCGUAAUGGAAUUUUAAGCAGACUUGCUAUUUUGCACCAAGAUUGAUUGCGUUUUAUAGGUGUAGAAGGAACACGAUUCUUUGUCGUUUUAUAUUUAGGUACGUUUUAGAUGUAUUUGUAAUUUAUGCGAAUUGCAUUUCCGGAAAAUAGUAGAGAAGAACAUACUAUGCAUAAGACACGUAGCGUUAUGGUUUGUUAACCAGAAAGAAUAAUGCAAAUAAGGGCACGGGGAGCUUUCAUUCGGAAUUUUAAUCUUCUCUGCAAGAGAACCUGAACCAACCUGUUUCUCGGCCUAUUCUAAUCUUUUCAUAUCUUGAAUAAUACUGCCCAGGCUGCUGCAUAGAAAACUUUUUUCACGUAACUUUAUUUUUCUUUAACGUCAUAAUUCUUUGAGACUCAAUCUUUAAAAAUCUUUUUUGAUUAUAUCCUAAUUUUAAACUGUUAAGCAGUUCGGAUAUUUAGUGAUUCGAAUAAAGCAAAUUAAUGGAAAAUGUAAUAGCAAGGCAGCCGAGAGAAGUUACACCCCCCUAAUGCCUUCCUUAUAUUUGCAAGGAGGAGCUGGCUUUCUGGUUAAAGCCCUUGUUUUCUUCAAAACUUAUUGUAUCUAUUGAUUUCAGAAAGGACCUGUUUAAGUAAAAUGGUUACAUAUUGUUGAUUCCUCAUAUUUCGUGUAAUUUUAUGAUUAGAAGAUGAUUGAAAAUCAAGUGACGUCACAAUCCUUCUUGAA